AUGCCAGCGCCCUUGCAGCGCAACAACUUUCGCUGUCCACCUGAUGGCUCCAAAUCACCGCAAGCUACGGCAUCCAUGUCGGCAGGUGCCGCUGCCAUGGGGGGUACCGUAAGUCCUGGAAAGUAUCAUGCUGAAUUUCCUGCUCGACAACGCAAGCGCUUACAGGUUGGAUCAACCAACUUGUCCAAGAGCAACUCCAUUGUAGAGGUUGAUGGCCUACCCGGUCCUAGUCCUGGACCCGCGGAGUCGAGUGUCUCUGCUGCUGCUGUAGAUCGGAUCGGAGAAACAAACGUCGCUGCGAUGAAGGCUACCCUUGGGUCACCCCAAACCCGAAGUCCCUUCAACGUCAGGUCGAAUGCUUCGGGAAAGGUGAUGCCUCUUGUCUUACGGACAGAGGUUCGGCGAUUAAGUGCAGUAGGCCCGUCUAACAGCAGCAGGAGCACUGAUGAACGUCGUGAUGGCAGUAUUACACCGAAGCGAGAAAAUGUAACACUGGCAUACAAUCGAGCCAAGUUGUAUGAUGUGUUCAUGGAGAAGUACGGCUCCAUGCGUGCCGUCUUUCGAGCUUUUGAUAACGACGGCAAUGGAAUGAUUUCAGCGCAACGCUUCCACGACAUGGUGGAGGCUGCUGAGGUGGACUUCACACCCGACGAAACGCGAGCACUCUACAGGACCGCUGACAUCAACGGCGACAACACUGUGGCAUUUCACGAGUUUGUACAAAUGUUCCGUCCAAGUGCUACUACAAGACCAACACGAGAUCCCAGUUCGUCGGUGGCGAUCAAAUAUCGCACUCCGUUAGAGCUCUCGCCACGUUCCCGACGACGUAUGAAGCAACUGCGCAAGCAGGUGACCGAUGAGCUUCGUCGAAAACAUGGUCUGGCAAUUGGUGUGCGCGGGGGAAAACCCGAGCAACUCCUUGCGUACGCGUUCAAAAAUGUGGAUUCGGAUAACGACAGCUUCCUGUCAUAUAGCGAGGUUGAACACGCACUGGGGCGCGGCUUCUUACAAAUGGAAGACGCUAUACCAGCGGCCGAGAUGCGCGAGAUGUUGCAGCUGAUGGAUCGCAAUGGCGACGAGCAGAUUAGUCUUCGCGAGUUCGUGCACUACUUUGCUGUUGGGGAGAAGGAGGUGGCUACCGACUUGAUAGACAAUGCGCGGAAGAAGGAGCUCGCGGCCUUGCAUGCCAAGCGUACGGUGGAAUUGACGCCUCGGGAUGAAGUGGCCCCAGGUACCUGUCUUCCAGAGGAGCUGUGUAAGCGAACUGCUGCAAUCGUCAAUGCUGGUCGAGGGGCUGCGUCUCCUGGGCAAAUAUCGAGGGGUGAACUCGACACGGAAAGCAAGAAAGCGCUACUAACUUCGCCGUCAUCGCUACAACUCGAGAUAGACCGCCGCCCCGCAACGUCAUGCGGUACUGGGGGGCCUAGAGUUGCAGUUUUGUCCCCAGUUUCUCCAGACCGAUUUUACCAUCGACGCCGUGAGCGCACGGACUGGACCCGCGUUGGAGUUGGAGGCAAUGGAAUUGGUGCCGAUACAGGAUUGUAUCAAUCUGCGCAAGCACGCUUUCUAACGACAAGCGGAGAGGCGUAUAGUCCUUUAUAUCGUGCACCGCCAUCCGCCAAGGUGGACGGUGACGACUCGUUCCUUAUGAUGAGAGCUGGUAAGCCUUCGACAACAAUCGAGGAAGAUGCACGUCGUGCACGACGCACUGCGAGAUACGAGCGGACGCAAGCCCUAGUACAAGAGUUCGAGAAUGCACACGCUCAAGAGGAACGACUGAAGGACUGGAAGUCGCGAGCCAACGUGCGCAAAGUCGCGGGUGAGCGAUUCUGCUACCUUGACAGACUGCAAGACAGGGAGCAGCGGGUGGCAUCUCGCGAGGACCGCAUGCAACGCCGUCAUGGUGGUGCUAGCUUUCUUCGGAUGUGGACAGGCAGUGCUGACUCGCAGUUUAACUCGAACCAACCUUCAGGUUCAUAG